CAAUAAGAACACGAGUAACAAGACGCAAGGAUCCCAACACCACAUUACCAUAGGAUCUGCAUUAUAAUCCCGGCAGUAGCCACGAGUAAAUCUAAGACACGACUUCACAAUGCACCCUCCCACCAUUCUCACCUUCUUCGCCAGUCUCGUCACAGCCAAGUCUUUUACAAGCCCUCCUUUUGCACUAAGCCCCUACAUUCCAAUCACCGAAAGCGACAACUGUAAAGGCAGAGUGAUCGACAACAACAGCGGCGUCAAAUACUGUCUCGGUGCAGGAUUCCUCGGCAAUUGUAAAUACAAGGCCUACACCGAAGGGAAAUCGUGUAUUGACUUUGCCGACAUUGUCCAACGGCCCCGUUCUAUUGGCCCCGAUCCAGGCGGCUACUGCAUGUUGUUCAAAGAGAACGACUGCAAGGGAGAGCCAUUGCAGAUUUGGGAGAAGAGGGUGUUCCAAACGUUCAUGUGUCCGGGUGUCUCGGAGAUGGGUGGGAAGAAUGAGUGGUGGAAGAGCAUGAAAUGUAUGAAGAAUGAAAACUGA